GAAAAGGCAUGAAAAAGUCCAAAAAGGUUGAUGAUAAUGAUGAGACUGAAGUAAUGCUUAAUAUUAAGGAAGAAGAUCGAGAAAUGAUGAUGUUUGAAUGGUUGGCAGAUAUAAAUAGUGAACCAAUAAUUCCUCCUAUAAGCAAUGCAAAAAAAUCUCACCGAAAUAAACAGAAAAAUAAUAUUGCUAGAACUAGUUAUAAAAGUUUACAAGGAAAAGACAUGAAAAAGUUCAAAGAGGCUGAUGAUAAUGAUGAGACUGAAGUAAUGUUUAAUAUUAAAGAAGAUCAAGAAAUGAUGAUGUUUGAAUGUUUAGCAGAUAUAAAUAGUGAAUCUAUAAUUUCUUCUACAAGUAAUGCUAAUAAUAAAACAAAAAAAUCCCCCCAAAAUAAACAGAGAAAUAAUAUUGCUAGAACUAGUUAUAAUAGUUCACAAGACAAGGUUGAAAUAAUAUUUGAAUAUAAAGAAGAUGACUUGGCUGAAUGUAUUAAGAAUAAUAAGAAACGUCGAGACCGAUGGUGGUUUAUAAAAAUAUAA